UCAAAACCCCAAAUCAAAAUCCUUCAUGAUCACAGAAUUUUCAGCACCAAAAUCAGUAGUAAUGAACAUAAAAUUGCCCAAAAAGUUUCUCUAUUUAUUUGCAAAGGGAGCUUUGUUUCUUAUCUCCUUCUUCUUCAUUUACUUCUCUCUUUCUUCUGAUCUCUUCAACCAUACCAACUUCUGGUUUUUCCUUUCCAACACUCUCAUUUUCGUCAUUGCCCUCGAUUCCGGCGCCUUCUCUUCGCCGUCUAGCUUCGUCCCCGCCGCAAAACCCAACCCAUCCUCCCCACAACAUAACUUUAAUAACACUAUAGUCGUUAAUCAACUUCCUAAUUCACCCAUACCAGCUCAAAACGAAGAAGAAGAAACAAUAAUCCCACUUACCACAGAAAUUUCAUUUCCUUGUAAAUUCAAUAAUCCAAUUAAACCUUACCAACGAAGCAAGUCAGAGAAAGACAUCAAAAGGAUGGUAGAGAAGGCAAAAAAGGUCAGAAUGAGGAGAUCAAAGACAAUGAUAAAACAGAAUGGGACAUCAACGAAAGAGAAAGAAGAAGAAAAUGAUGAGUUCACAAAAAUGACAGAUGAAGAAUUGAAUAGAAGAGUGGAAGAAUUUAUCGAAAGAUUCAAUAGACAAAUAAGACUCCAAGAAAUGAAUGAAGAUGAGAAUGAGAAAGAGGAUAGAUUUUGAUUAAAUUUAAUAUGAUUAUAUGUAUGACCAUUUAACUUUUUUCUGUUAUGUUUUUAGUUAGUGUGUGUGUUGUGAUCUUCUUCCUCACUUGUCCCUUUCCAAAUAGCUAUAAGUGUUUUCUUUUCUUUCUUUUAAUUGGUGAUGACUGAUAAUCCUUUUUCAUGUAUGGAGGAGCUGUGUCUUUAUCCACCACAAUCCAUAUAUAUAUACAUACACGAAUUAUCAUA